AUGGAGGGCUUCGAUACCAUGGCCAUGCCAUAUCUGGCCAGCCCGCUGUCGCUUGGAAAUAUCCAGGGCGCCGAUUAUCUCAAUGCCAUGCCUGGGAUCGAUAUACCGGAACAACGCUCGAAUUUUGACUCGGAUACAUUCGUCAGUGGUGAGGAUAUUCCCUAUCCUCAGCAUAAUUUACCGGCGACAUUGAAACGCUUCCCCUCAGGGUAUGAAGAUCCCUUCACAGAAAUGGUGACGCCAUUCGCCCCUACACCAUCCGAACAGCCUGCAGACUCAUCCAUCGACCACAAUCAUAAGUUGCUUUGCUUCUCGAUACCGGUGUACAAUUUUACAUUACUCGAUUAUUCGUUGCGACGGACAUCCAUAUCGUUAUCAGCCCAACUUCAUGGCAUGUUCUUCCUUGCGGAGUCGCCAUGGACCACGUCCCCAACAGAAAACGCUCCGCCGCAACAAGGGGCGGAAUUGACAUGCUACCGCCGCAAUCUCUUUCAGAUCACAGGUUCCGUGACCCUGCCACGCAGCCUGCGCUACAUAAUGACUGAGCAGGGGGACCGUAUACCUAUUCUUGCGCAUGAACUCGCUGUUUCCGCCACAGAGUCUGUGGAGGGUAAUUCAGUGAAGAUUAUCUCGGUACCCUGGAAAACACCCGCUGCGAACAGUAACCCGCUCCCCGAUGACAGCGGCGCAACUAGCAAUAAUGCAAAAGUUGAGAAAGAGCCGCCAGCAAUCCCAUUGGACACAAUGGCGGGUCAAGAUCUAGACACUGACUACGCUACCUUUCCCAUUGCUUGGAAGCGGCUUCAGUUCCGUGUUGCCACAGCCAAUAACGGACGAAGGAAAGAGCUACAGCAGCACUUUGUCGUCAGACUCAAGGUGAUUGCCACACUCUCUACGGGGGCUAAAAUUCCGAUCUGCGAGGUUCACUCUGGACCGGUGAUCGUCCGUGGCCGAAGUCCACGCAAUUUUCAGUCUCGUAAGGAUCUGCCUCUUAGUGGCAGCGCGGCUGCUUCGAGGAAAAGCGCCCAAGCCGCGGCUCUCAAUCGCACACCCACCACUGAGUCCAUUCCCCGAACCGGCUUGAGCGCGGCUAAAGCAAAAUCCGCUGUCAAGAGUGCCUCGCCAGAAACAACUAUCCCUCAAGCUGUCGUUGGACCCCGGCAACAGUCGUCUCCUGAUUGGACGCAUAUACCGCAGUCCUCAGGCGGCACCCUCUCUUCUGCGGCGUUACCACAAUCUUCGGUGUAUCCACAGUCUAAUCCAGAGUUUUCAAGACCGGAUAGUCAAAGACGAUCAAGUGCAAUGGCGGCCCCCAUUAACCUUUCCCUAUUGGACGAUGACAAUACUGGCGAGGCUGUCAGCUUGGUGAAUCCAACUGACCCGACUUCAUACACCAACGAUGUCUCACAGCGCCACCAUGAGAUAGGCACCUCUGCACCUCCCGCCAAGAUGCGCAAAUUAUCUCAUGGGGUGUCCCACGCUCAAUCACGAAGCACGUCUACGUCUCUACCCUUAUUGAAUACCGCCGGCCUGCAACAACCUUUUGCGUCCACUCUCCCCUUUCCGAACGAGAGUGCUGACUUGCUAUACGAAUACUUCCCUCUGGGCUUGGAUGAUUGGCAGGCACCUGUGGAUGCGGUCUACCGACCGCAUGUGGUCCAUCACACCAAUAUGCCAGAAAUGAAAUUUGUCGCUGCUAGAGGCCGAAGUAAACGGUAUUUUGCUGCAGAAGAUGUUUUCUAA